CGAAGAUGCUGUAGAUGCUGCAGCUCGCCUGCUCUAAAGCCAAGUUUUUAAAUUUUAGGGGCAUUUCAGAAGAAUGUGUUGAAACCUUUUGAUGUUCUGAAGAAGUAAGGCAGUGUCUGUACUUCUGGACAUGAACUUUUCCAAGCCAGAGCUGCAAGGUGUCGUUGUUCGUGCCGGUUCUUUGGGAGAUAUCUCUACUUGGAGUCGGUCCAUGUUUGCACUGAGCCUCCUUUGGUGGAUUGUCAAUCCAAACCAGAUCUACCUUGGCAGGGUGAUUGAGGUCUAUGAUCAGCCCUCGGUUGGACCUGAAGUCUUUCGAUACAUUUUGUUUGCUUUAGCUGCUUUUGAAAGUCUCAGCUUUUUGAUAUUAUUCCUUCUGAUGCCAACAGAGAGAAAAUCAUUUGCUGAGAAAACUGAAGUUCUGAUCAUUCCAUUUGCUACUACGUCUUUGUUGGGUUUGUGGAAGGGACUUUCCUAUGAGAUUGGCUACACCUUCGUCCUGAACCCAAUCAUCAUCGCUCUUUCGCUGGCGGGGCCUGCACGCGUGGUUCGGAUUCCUCGCAUUGGCCCGGUCCUUCUGCGAAGCCUUUUCGGACGGAACCCCUUCAGAUCUGGGGAAAAGAAGAUCGUUGAGAUCGUUGAGGACGCACACCCUGAUGGCCGCGAUCAAGUAUGUAGUGAUGAACGUAAAACCAGCGAUGAUGUCGAAAUGAAAGAAAUUCACUUCUGCAUUGAACAGCAGAUUCAGGAGACGUCGCCAACUUUUUCUCUUUGAAUCAACCCUGUGGCCCUUGCAACCGAAAAUCAAU